CUCGUCUCUGCCCCUUCGUCUAUCCAUAUAUCGCAUCAUUCAACCCUUCACGCAUUCGUUGCCUUCUGAUCACCGCAAAUGGCUAACGCAAGAAACGCAGCGGCGGCUGGGUCGCCUUCUUCUUCUUCGUCUUCAUACUCCUCAUCGGCGCCCGACGCGGAGAUCCUCCGGUCCCUGCACCGCCUGGCGCGCGACCUGGCCGCCGCCGAGGCGCCGGCGCCGUUCCUGCGGGCGGUGUUCGCGUCCGUGUCGCGGCGCGCGAAGCUCCUCGUCGCGGUGUUCGACGACCUGCUGGGCGUGGUGGGGCGGCUGCCGCGGUCGGCGUCGCUGUGCCUCCGCGAGGUGCUCCUGGUGCUGCAGCGGUUCAAGGCCGUCGUGGCCGACUGCUCGGCGCGCAGCCGCAUGAGGCUCCUGCUCCAGUCCGACGAGGUCGCCGCGCGCGUGCGGGAGCUGCAGCACGACCUGGCCACGCUUCUCGACAUCCUCCCCGCCGCCACCGAGCUCGGGCUCGCCGACGACGUGGCGGACCUCCUCGCGCUCGCCUCGCGCCAGUGCCGGCGCCCCGCGCCGGAGGCCGCGGCGGAGCAGGAGCUCAAGGCGAGCGUGCUGAGGCUGAUACAGGAAGUGGAGCAGGAGAUCGUGCCGGAGCGGGAGAGGCUGGAGGCCAUCCUCGACGAGGUGGACAUCAACGACCCCGCGAGCUGCAGCGAAGAGAUCGAGAUCUUGGAGCGGGAGAUCGGCGACCGCCUCGCGGAGAGGUGGACGCCUGCCAUGAUUGCCCUCGUUGGGCUCCUUCGGUACGCCAAGUGCGUCCUCUUCAGCGCAGCCACGCCGCGGCCGCUGGAUUCCAAGGCGGAUCUUGGCGACGGCGACGACGAUGGCGCCGAACCCCCGGCGCCGCCGCUGGACUUCCGGUGCCCCAUCUCUCUCGAUUUGAUGCGCGACCCUGUCGUAUCUGCUAGUGGCCAGACGUACGACCGCGAGUCCAUCACACGGUGGUUCGGAUCCGGCAAGUCGACGUGCCCAAAAACCGGCCAAGUACUCACCAGUCUGGAGCUUGUCCCCAACAAGGCGCUCAAGAAUUUGAUCUCGCGGUGGUGCAGGGAGAACGGCGUGGCCAUGGAGGGCAGCGAGCCAGGCAAGCCCGAGCCUGCGCCGCUGGCGACCGCGAACAAGGCCGCGGUGGAGGCGGCGCGCAUGACCGCGUCGUUCCUCGUGAAGAAGCUCACGGCGUCCUUCUCCCCUGCCUCGGACAACCGCGUGGUCCACGAGAUCCGGCAGCUCGCCAAGUCGGGGACCGAGAGCCGCGCCUUCAUCGGGGAAGCCGGCGCGAUCCCGCUCCUCGUGCCGAUGCUCCAGUCCGAGGACGCCGCGCUGCAGCUCAACGCCGUCACGGCGCUGCUCAACCUCUCCAUCCUCGAGGCCAACAAGAAGCGCAUCAUGCACGCCGAGGGCGCCGUGGCCGCGCUCUGCCACGUGAUGGGCUCCGGCGCGACGUGGCGCGCCAAGGAGAACGCCGCGGCCGCCGUGCUCAGCUUGUCGGCCGUCCACUCGUACCGCCGCAGGCUCGGCCGCAACCCGCGGGUCGUCGAGAAGGUGCUGCUCCUGGUGCGCACGGGCCCCGCGAGCACGAAGAAGGACGCGCUCGCCGCGCUGCUGUGCCUGUCAGGGGAGAGGGAGAACGUGGGCAAGCUCGUGGGGGCGGGCGCCGUGGAGGCGGCGUUGUCGGCGAUCGGCGAGGAGGAGACCGCGGCCGCGGUGCUGGCGUCGCUGGCCAAGCGCGGGGGCGCGGAGGCGAUCGUCAACGUCGACGGCGCCGUGGCGCGGCUCGUGGCCGAGAUGCGCCGCGGCGGCACGGAUUGGUCGAGGGAGUGCGCGGCGGCGGCGCUGGUGCUGCUGUGCCGGCGCGCGGGGGCCGCGGCCGUGGCGCAGGUGAUGGCGAUCCCCGGGGUGGAGUGGGCGAUAUGGGAGCUCAUGGGCUCCGGCUCGGAGCGCGCGAGGCGCAAGGCGGCGUCGCUCGGCAGGGCGUGCCGGCGCUGGGCGGUCGCCAACGCGGAGCAGACCACGGAAUGCCCCACCAACUCCACCACCGUCACGCUGCCGGUCAUGGCGGCCUCGUGAAUUCCUCCAUACAUUUGAUUUGAUUCAUAGGAACAGCACAAAAAAAAAUCCAGAAAAAAACUGGAAAAAUCACUGUACAUAGUUUAUUCUUUGGCUUCUAAAGCUGUCACGAUUCUUUGGUCCGUGGGAGACAGAGCACUUUGAGGAACUGUGCAUAUAGAAAUGAAAUUCAUUGUUUUCUUUUCGUUGUUCAAUCUUGUAACACAUUUUAUUCUCAAGAAACAGUACACAUGAAAGAAGUCUUGUACCGCUA